AUGGAGCGCCGCCGUCGCCCCGCCCGCCUCGAGCCCGCGCCCGACCCCAUGACGAAGGUGGCGCGCCGCCGCGACAAGCCGCGUGAGCGCUGGCUACUCACGAGGAAAACAUGGAAGUACAUGUCAGAUGCCGGCCGUCGGCUCAUACCCGAAGGCUCACAGAACCGAGCCGAAGAUGUGCCGCGGCUCGAAGCGUACUUCCAGGAGGUGUGUGCCAAGGAGCCACGCUUCCUACUCUGGCGCAAGAGUUCGUACCCGGGCGCGCUGCCCCGCCCGCGCCGCAAGAAGCGUGCGCGUGGCGGCUCGGUGCGCGCACGCUCGCCCGACGAAGCGCCAGCUCCACCGUCGCGCCCCACCGAUCUCUGCAUCGGCCACAUCUCUGGCGGCCGCUUCGACAUCGCCAAACUUCGGCGAGACUUCUUCGCAGCACCAGGGCCGACUGCAUCUACAUCUAAAUUCAAUACCUCCCCAGGUCAUUCUGCACUGACUCGAACGGGUGCACAGUUUGGAGAUGUGAGCAGAACUCUGCCCGAGGAGGAAGAGAGUUCGCUAGUUGAUUUAUUGCGCAAGUACCUGAAAGUAGAGGAUGACUCCGGUCCGACUCGGCACUCGGACACGGAUGAGCUAGUUCGCUCUUUAAGGAAAUAUCUUAAGCAACAAUCAGAGCGCCAACCUGCUGAUGGAGACACAAAUCCCUCUCGCGAGAGAACCUUACUGGAGAACUUGGGCAGGUACUACGGACGAUCCCCAAACAGGGAUAGUAUAGUACAAGAUCUGUUAACCGAUAGGAAUUUAUUGAAAAGACUGUAUCAUGAUCUUCGUAAGGCCAAGCCCUACAGGGGUGCCAGGAGUGGUGGUAGUGGUGGUAGCGGUGGUAGUGGCUCCGGAGGCUAUGGACCUAGUGGAUUCGUCAGUGCUCUUAACUCUAACUCUAGAAGUGUUCCGCGGAGUCGUGUUGGUGUUACGCGUUUUAAAGAUGAUGAGGAUUCUUAUAAAUCUCCACCGAUGUCCCCGCCGCCCCUUAUUGAGGUAUUUCAUGAGUCGCUGGAGGAUAAAUACGUGGAUUGUGGUACACAAACGAACCCUAUUCCAGAGGAAGUGUUACAAGAAUUGGAGCGUGCGUAUCGCGAGAAACUGGAGGCGCAGACCGCACCGACCAGUCCCACGGGGCCGCCCCCUGACCGACCAAAGCCGGCGCGGCGACGGUCCAGCGUGGACCACGACGAUGUAUCACAAUCGGUCAGCGACACCAUUAAGCGGUACUUGAGGAUGGCACGCAAGAAGAGUGUGGACGCUGACAAGGCAGACCGCUUCAAGCGAAUCAAUUAUGAUAAGAACUUGCGAAACAUAAAGCCUCGGUUGCCAAGCGACGUGGAUGACGAUGGUCCACACAAAGGUUGUCAGACCGAGGAAGGGUGGAUUUUGACGUAUAGGGAGUUGCAAUUUGCGUCUGUCGCAUCGACGCCGACGUCGCCGCCAUCACCAGCGUCUCCAACUCAUUCGCAUUCGUUCCUCUCCACGCUGUUGGGUAGAAGUGCACCGACUGUGGCUCCUCCUGCAGGUGGCAUGCAGAAGUCGCGGUCUUCGAGCAGCGUGGUGCAGAGUGUCAGCAGGAGGCUGUGGCGCACGAGGAGCCGGAGCUCGUCGCGCGUCGCCGCCACGUGGACGCCUCAGGGCAGCUGUUGCUGGGCAGACGGCAGUGGGCGGUGCGUGCGAUUGACGGACACAUCCCUGCUGACCCUCAGCGAGGUGGAGCGGAGAGCGCUGCAGCAGGCCGCGCUAGCCAGGCUGCAGCAGAUCAACCUUGGAACUACUAUCAAGAUACCAGAGGAGAAUGCGGUGGCUGCGACGAAGCCGAAGCGUCGAGCCUACCUCCUGAAGCGGAAGGCUCUCACCACAGGCUUCUUCGACCAGAGCCGCACCAAGGACGCCGACAAGGAUAAGGAGACGACCGGCGGUAGUGUGUUUGGUGUUCCUCUAUCUCAGUGUGUGGAGAGCGAGCGAGCGCUGCGACGGCAGCAACAUGGCGGCUCUCGAGCGUCGCUCGCAUCCCUCGGAGCCCUAGAGAAGGGCGAUGAUAGUGAAUCCUGUGAUUCGGGAGAGUGGGGCUGGGCAGGGCUAGAGGAGGCCGGCCUGGGUGGCCCCAAGGUACCGGGGAUAGUGUCCGCCUGUCUCGCACACCUGCGGAGACAUGGCAUGCACACCCUUGGACUCUUUAGGGUAUCCGCCUCCAAGAAGAGAGUAAGACAGUUGCGUGAGGACUGGGAACGGAGUCAGGAAGCAGCGCUAGAUGCGGCAGUGUGUCCGCACGAUGUCGCCACUCUGCUGAAGGAGUUCCUCAGGGACCUUCCUGACCCUCUACUCUGCAGGGACUUGUACCCUGCCUUUUUGAACACGCAAAAAAUCCACAACCGCCGCUUCCAGUGGGAAGCUCUGCGGCUGAUAGUCCAGCUGCUACCAGCAGCACACCGGGACACCCUCAACGCGCUGCUGUCGUUCCUCGCGCAGCUCGCCGCACACUCCGAGGACGACCACGAGCCUGGCAACAAGAUGGACGCCGCCAACCUGGCCACCAUCUUCGCACCUAAUAUACUGCAUAGAAAUAAACCUAAUGAGCCUGCAAGCGUGGAACAGCUAUCAGAGCGAGCUGACGUGAUCAACGUCGUCCGCCAACUGGUGGAGAAGCAGGCCGAGCUGUGGACACUGCCGGCCGAACUACUGCACGAGGCGUACAUACACCUCGCGCACACCGCGCCCGCGCACCUCGACUCCUUACUGCUGAGGAGAGCUGAGUGUGCUGCUGAAGCGAAUGCGGAGAAUAAUGAGAACAACUUGAGACAAGUUUGGUCCAGAGAGCAGUUCCUACAUGGAGCCGCGGCUACUGGUGGUCCCGGCAACUUGCCUAGUGAGAAGACUUACUCGCGCAGACGGACGAGGGAGACGGCGGCCUCCGACACCUCCUCCGGCUCCUUGUCCUCCGCCAUGACUAUUGUUACCAGGGUGCGCAGCAGUGAGGAGUGCGGCAGUAGUGGCGUCGUGUGUGGAGGGAGCACGCCGCAACAACGCACAGACUCCAAUGACUCCAACGACUCGGCCAGCGACUACAACGAGACGCUGGGCGGGUCAGACGAUGACAGCUGCGUAAUCACCGCGUCCCUCCACAUCCCCGCCGCCUUCAGUCGCGGUGGCGGCCGGCGAGGACCGCGCUCCACACCGCGGCGGCGGUCCACGUCGGGAUCAGAAUCAUCCAACAAGUCUUCUAAUAAGUCAUCCAAUAAGCGCGACUCGGCAGUGGGAUCCUCAUCUCCGGCAUCGGCGUCGGCGGCAUCAUCCCCGCCCGCCAGCCCUCCCCCUGCGCCCGCGCCACUACGCGUCACCCUCACCUCCGCCGCUGAGGUCAGACGCCCCUCUCCCGAUCUUGACAGAAUUAUGGCGCUUAGCAGAGAGCGCAACACUUCAGAUGCUCGCGCAGUGAUGCUGCGGCAACAUGAUGAGACUACUGUACGCACGCGUAGCUCCUCGCGGCAAGAGACCACCACCCGCAAGGAGGCCCCCAGUGCGGGGCCCGGGGGGGGCGCACGGCCCGCUACUGGGAGCCCGGCGCCCCCCGCGGCGGGGAGCGGCCCGGCGCCGGGCCCCGCGGCCGCGGGCACGCUGUACAAGCGCGGGGAACUCAUCUCCAGCGCGAGACCCUCCACGUGA